AAUUAGAGAGAGAGAGAGAGAGAGAGGGUAGGGGUCAAAUCGAGUGGCGAGGGGUUGGGUGUCUUGUUUUAUAUUUUUGUGGUGGUGGUGCCGAUUUAGCCUAUUAAGGGUUUCUCAAUCUCAUUUACAGAGCAGCGAAAUAAAGAGAAUUUCUUUUACAAAGGGAGACCUCUACCAGAGCUCAUAGCUUCAUUAAGCUCCAACACCGAUACACCAAAUAAGCUUAACUAUCUAUCUAUUUAUCUGUUUCUUUUGUCUUUCUUUUACUGUUUUGUUUCUUUUAGUUUCUUUUAUUUUUUGAUUCUACCCGAUCUUGACUCCUUUCUUCUGAUAUGGAUCCAUUUGAUUUGUUUCGUAAAGGUUUUGGAUAAAGCCUGCUAAAACUCGAGGUUGUUCUCUGCGUCUGUAUCUUUUUAUGCAUGUAGAGUCUUUUGGUUUCCAUUUUGGUAUAGAAAUGAGCUUGUCCAAGAAAGGGUCUCAAACCAGUAAUACGAAGGUCAGCAUUCCAAACAAAGCAACCGCUUUGAAUCCAAAUGCAGCAGAGUUUGUUCCUUUUUCCCUUAGAUCAUCAACAUCUCCUUCUGGAAGUACGUCAAGUGCAGCUGCUGCAACAGCAAGGUUUGCUACUUGUGGUGCAAUUGGGAAAGCAGUACUUGAUCGGUCAGAAUCAUCUAUUUCUAAUACUUCUGAUGAUGAGGCACAUCAAUUCUGGCGCCAUCAGCUCCCUGAUGAUAUCACUCCCGACUUUAAGGUCAUGGGUGAAGACGAGUCUCAAGCACUGGGAGGGCUCUCUUUAGCAGGCUUGUCUUUACAUGAUAGCAGUGAAGUGCCAAAGUUCCCUGCUCCUUUGGGUGGAUAUAUGUUGACUGAUCAACAAGAACCAUCCCCACGGCAUAUAAAUGGUGGCAGCUUCGGUGAAAAGAUUAGAUAUGCUAGUGCUAGUGCUUCUUAUGGAGAAGAUCCUAGUUCAGCUAGUUAUUUGAAUUUGUCGGCUAAGCCCUGGGACAAACAAAUUGUUGGCAGUGAUCAGCUUCUUGGCAAUGGUAGGGAAGUACAUUCAUACAAUGGGAAUUCAAGGCCUGGAUUUUUGAAUGAUGUGCUAGGUGAGCAUGCAAUAAUUGAUGAUAACGACAUGAACCCUGUGGAAUUUUUGGCUUCGCAAUUCCCUGGGUUUGCUGCUGAUAGCCUUGCAGAAGUUUAUUUUGCAAAUGGAUGUGAUGUAAAUCUCACUAUUGAGAUGCUUACUCAACUAGAGCUGCAAGUAGAUGGUGGUUUCAAUCAGAAUAUGAGCUCAAAGACAGUAUCAGCUCCCAAUCUCAGUGCUCUUGACUUUCCAGCACUUCCUGUGCCGGAGAGUCAGAACGGUCCUUCUAAAUAUGGAGGAGAUGAUCUUCAGCAAAGUGGCAAUCCUUAUCGUUCUGACAAAGAGAACAUACUUUUAUUCAAGUCUAGUUCUUCCAUCCCAUCUAGAGUUGGCGCAGUGGAUUUUGCUUCAGCUGUCAGGAAGUUGACAUCUCAGGAUUCUGGCAUAUGGAAGUAUGACAGAAAUGGUUCUGCUGAUUCAACUGUUGGCUCUAGCAGAAGUUCCCAUGUUUUAGCUAGCUCUUAUAGUAGUGGGAAUGGGAGAGGCAUUUAUGCUGAUAGGACGCAAAAUCGUGGUUCAGCUCGAGCAGCUCCUGUGUGGCUUGAAACUGGAGAAGCAGUGGCAAAUAUGUAUUCUGAAUUGCGGGAAGAGGCUCGUGAUCAUGCACGAUUACGGAAUGCCUACUUUGAACAGGCACGACAAGCAUACCUCAUUGGGAACAAGGCUCUAGCCAAGGAAUUGAGCGUGAAGGGGCAACUGCACAAUAUGCAUAUGAAAGCAGCACACGGGAAGGCUCAGGAAUCUAUAUAUCGUCUGAGGAACCCGGCUGGUCCGGAGAUGCAGGGAAAUGGGAGAGGACAUGAGCGGAUGAUAGACCUUCAUGGUCUGCAUGUUAGUGAAGCCAUUCAUGUGCUAAAGCAUGAACUGAGUGUUCUGAGGAGCACAGCCCGAGCUGCAGAGCAGCGUCUGCAGGUCUAUAUAUGUGUUGGGACGGGCCAUCACACCCGGGGUUCCCGCACUCCAGCAAGACUUCCUAUCGCCAUACAGCAAUACCUGCUUGAAGAAGAGGGCCUUGACUACACUGAACCACAGCCAGGGCUGCUUCGAGUAGUGAUCUAUCAGCAGCAUUACUUUGGGAGCCAUCAGGGACCCUACAUCAGCAGAUCGUUGGCAGCUCUUUUACAUUUUGUUCAUUUUGUACCUUAUUUUUUGUUACAUUCCUUUUUCCUUUUUUUUUUUAAAUUCUCAGAUGUAACUGAUAGAAUUGAAUUACAUGAUAGUACAAUUUUUCGCAUGACUAUUAUGCGAUGGCUGGAUACAGUUUGGAACCCCAUCUCAAAGCGUUUUUUCGAGCUGAUUUUUGCAAGAUGCAUAAAUGGUGAGGAUUCGUCAAUGCUGUUACAAUGCAAUCUCAGACCCUCUGCAAAAUCUUCAACUUCAUACCCCCUCCUCCUUUCAUUUGGCUCGCGUUUCUCUUCUCUCUCAGAACCCAUCUCUCUCUUUCCCUUGUCUUCUCCGUCCUCGCAAUCCUCUUCUUCCUCUCAAUGCUUCUCUUUCCUCCGCACCGCCAUCUCCACCUCCGACUUGCCUCUCGGCAAGUGCGUCCACGCAAAUAUCAUAAAAUCUGACCUUGCUUCGGAUCGUUUAUUGACCAACAACCUGAUUACUAUGUAUUCCAAAUGCGGUUCUCUCUCCUCUGCACGCCGAGUGUUCGAUAAAACUCUUAAUAGAGAUCUCGUUACAUGGAAUUCCAUUUUGGCUGCCUAUGCGCAAUCUGCAGAGUCUAAUUUUGACCAUGUUACGGAGGGUUUUCGCCUUUUUCGUCUUAUCUGUGGUUUUGUCUCCACUAAUAAAUUUACUCUGGCCCCUAUGCUGAAGCUAUGCUUACUUUCUGGACACGUUUGUGCUUCCCAGGCAGUUCAUGGAUAUGCAGUGAAAAUCGGUAUGGAUUUGGAUGUGUUUGUUUCAGGAUCCCUGGUGAAUAUUUAUUCGAAGAUUGGAUUAGUUAGGGAGGCUAGAGUUUUAUUUGACAAAAUGCAGGUGAGGGAUGUGGUCUUGUGGAAUGUAAUGCUCAAGGUAUACGUGGAAAUGGGUCUGGAAGAAGAGGCAGUUAGUCUCUUCUCUGAGUUUCAUCAGAGUGGCUUACAUCCUGAUAAUGCUAGUAUCCGUUGUGUGCUCAAAGGAAUAUCUGCUGUUGGUUCUGAUAUAGGAAAGAGGCACAAGGAGCAAAUUCAAGCCUAUGCAACUAAAUUAUUUUUCUAUGAAGAUAACUCAAAUGUGGUCAUUUGGAAUAAGAAAUUGUCAGAAUAUCUCCUGGCUGGCAGAUAUUGGGCUGCUGUUGAUUCUUUUAUAAAUAUGAUUAGAUCAUAUGUGAAGUAUGACAAUGUGACAUCAGUUGUGGUUUUGGCUGCGGCUACUGGUACUGGUGACAUAAAGUUGGGGCAACAGAUUCAUGGUAUUAUUUUAAAAUCAGGCUUUGAUUCUGUGGUUUCUGUUGCAAAUAGUCUUAUCAACAUGUAUUCGAAGAUGGGAUUUGUUUCUUUGGCACAGAAAGUGUUUACUGGGAUGAAUGAAUUCGAUUUAAUUUCAUGGAACUCAAUGAUAUCGUGUUAUGCACAGAAUAGUUUAGAGAAUGAGUCGGUGAAUCUAUUUAUAUGUUUAUUGCAUGAUGGCCUUCAACCAGAUGAUUUCACACUGGCAAGUGUGCUAAGGGCUUGCUCUUCACUUGCAGAGGGACUGUAUCUCAGUAUGCAGAUUCAUGUUUAUGCUAUAAAAACCUGUAUAAUCGCUUCCAGUUUUGUUUCGACUGCUCUCAUAGAUGUUUAUUGUAAAAGUGGAUUAAUGGCUGAGGCAGAACUUUUGUUCAAAAAUAAAAAUGAUUUUGAUUUGGCGACAUGGAAUGCAAUGAUGUUUGGGUACAUAACUUGUAAUGAUAGUCAUAAAGCAUUGGAACUUUUUGCUUUAAUGCAUGGAAGUGGAGAGAGUUCUGAUGAGAUCACAUUAGCCACUGCAGCUAAAGCCUGUGGUACCUUAGUGAGGUUGGAACAAGUGAAGCAAAUUCAUGCCCACGCAAUACAAUUCGGGUUGGACUCAGAUUUAUUUGUCAGUAGUGGUAUUCUUGAUACGUACAUCAAAUGCGGAGACAUAGUAGCUGCUCACUUUUUAUUUAAUGAUAUUCCUGUGCCCGAUGAUGUUGCAUGGACAACUAUGAUUUCAGGGUGUGUUGAAAAUGGAGAUGAAGACCGUGCACUUUCUAUAUACCAUCAGAUGAGGCUCUCUGGGGUCCUACCUGAUGAAUAUACCUUUGCUACCCUUGUCAAAGCCAGCUCAUGUCUAACAGCACUGGAACAGGGGAGGCAAAUUCAUGCAAAUGUGAUCAAGCUGGAUUGCGCUUCAGAUCCUUUUGUUGGGACUUCACUCAUUGAUAUGUAUGCCAAGUGUGGGAAUAUAGAAGAUGCAUAUUGUCUAUUUAAAAGAAUGAAUGUACGGAACAUAGUUUUGUGGAAUGCCAUCUUGGUGGGCUUAGCUCAACAUGGACAUGGUGAAGAAGCUCUUGACCUUUUCAAAGAAAUGAAAUCUCAUGAUAUUCAUCCUGAUAGAUUUACCUUUAUUGGUGUCCUUUCUGCCUGUAGCCAUUCCGGCUUUGUUUCUGAAGCUUAUGGGCAUUUUUAUUCAAUGCAAAAAGAAUAUGGUAUUGAGCCUGAGAUUGAGCAUUAUUCUUGUCUUGUUGAUGCCCUUGGCCGUGCAGGGCACGUUCAAGAGGCUGAGAGGCUGAUUUUAUCAAUGCCCUUUGAAGCUUCUGCUUCAAUGUACAGAGCGUUGCUAGGUGCUUGCCGGAUUCUAGGCGAUAUGGAUACUGGAAAAAGAUUAGCAGGACGGCUUAUGGUCUUGGAGCCGUCUGACUCAUCAGCAUAUGUGCUGUUAUCUAAUAUAUAUGCUGCUGCCAACCAAUGGGAUGGCGUAACUAAUGCUAGAAGAAAAAUGCAGAGGAAGAAUGUAAAGAAGGAUCCAGGGUUUAGUUGGAUAGAUGUGAAGAACAGGGUGCAUUUGUUUGUGGUAGAUGAUAGAUCUCAUCCGGAAGCCGAUUCAAUAUGCAAAAAGGUGGAAGAUUUGAUGAAAAGAAUCAAAGAAGAAGGGUAUGUUCCUGAUACAGACUUUGUGCUACUUGACGUGGAAGAAGAGGAGAAAGAGCGCUCUUUAUAUUAUCACAGUGAGAAGCUAGCAAUUGCAUAUGGACUCUUAAGCACUCCUCCGUCCAGCAGAAUUAGAGUGAUCAAAAACCUUCGCGUCUGUGGAGAUUGCCAUAAUGCUAUCAAAUUUGUGUCAAAGAUUUAUCAAAGAGAGAUUGUGUUGAGAGAUGCAAAUCGCUUCCAUUGUUUCAAAAAUGGAAGCUGCUCUUGUGGUGAUUAUUGGUAAUAUCAAGAUUGAUGUUUUCUUGCUAA